GCUGUAAGUCAACUCCUUCUCUGAGAGAGGUAGUGGGGGGUCAGCACCCCCGUAAAGUCAGAGGUGUAUAGGUGAGAGUGUGAAACAGUAAAGUUGGCAGACUCUGGUUUGAGGGGUAGAUGCUCGGGAACAGGGGGUUUCCUGAGGCUCGAUCCCACCUUUGCGUAUGCCGAAGCCUCCUUCCUCAUGACCUUUGCCAUGGGCGGAUUUCCUCACCUGGCUCCUGGCAUCAAGCUUCCAUUGCUGGGGGCCCAGGGUUCGAUCCCUAGUUGGGGAACUAGGAUCCCACAUUCUGCGUGGUGUGGCCGGUAAGUAAAUAAGAUACAAACCCGCAAGCAGGCUCGUGAAAGAGGCGGCAAUGGCAUGCGGAAGCUAGAAGUGGGUGGGAAUCGAGGAGCUAGACAGACUUGGGGAAAAGCCAAAUACUGAGUUGGCGCUGGCGGACGUGCAGGGUGAUCCCACCAGGCUCACACUGUAGAAAUCCAGAAGGCUUGAAAACCAGCAGCCCUCUGGAAGGGUAGACCCAAAACAAACACGACUGAGGGAAAGCUCCCGAAUAGGCUGUUAGAGUUCCAGGUCUCCCCACAUGGUAGAUGGUGGAAGAGACCUUUCUUUGCAGGACUGAUCUAGCUGAAGGCACGUCUGAGAGUCUGAGGAUAUAGAUUACGGGACAGUUUCCUCAUCAGCAGAUGAGUGCCUGCUGUCCCCGCACACCCGCAGGGCGCUCAGUGGUAGUCGAAUGACGGACCCCAGUGCCAUCCUCGCUGGAGAAAUUCCUGGGGAAGGCGGAGAACGCCCAUGGGUUAGGCUAGCCUUCCCGGUAGGCCCCUGCUUCCUCCUGGGACCCCUCUGGGAAACUUCCGGCCUCCGGGGAGGGCAGGGCCACGCUCCGGCGGUCGCCUUGGAAACAGCGGGAGGCGGGCCGCUGUGCUCCCGCGGUAACCAGGGCGACCGCCGGCGCCCAGAAGGAAGUUGCAGGGAGAGCACCCGGGCGGAGCGCCAGCCUGAUUGGCCGAGAGGUCACGCCCCGCCCCGCCUCACCUCUCGGCCAAUAGGUGCCGGCCUGCUGUGCUCAUGCGCAACGUCCGGAGGUCCCGUCCAUCUCUGCAGUUGGUUGCUCCAAGAAGAUUCCCCUCACAAUGCCAUCCCCACUGGGCCCCCCGAGUCUGCCUUCUCUGGACCCCGAGGCCACCCCAGAGGAUCCCGAGAUGGCACGCCAGCGCUUCCGGGGCUUCUGCUACCAGGAGGUGGCCGGUCCCCGGGUGGCCCUGGCCCGGCUGCAGUUUCUGUGCCGCCAGUGGCUCCAGCCCGAGGCGCACUCCAAGGAGGAGAUACUGGACCUGCUGGUGCUGGAGCAGUUCCUGGGGGCGCUGCCCCCUGAGAUUCAGGCCUGGGUGCGGGGCCAGCAGCCAGGCAGCCCUGAGGAGGCCGUUGUCCUGGUCGAAGACCUACAGCGUGACCCUGGGCAGCUGCUGGGCUGGAUUACAGCGCACGUCCUGCAGCAAGCUGUGCUCCCAGCCACACAGAAGACAGAGGAGUCGCUGGGGGGUGUCCACUCCUCAGGGACAGUGGAGCCCCUCAGGGAAGCCUCUGGGGAGGCGCCAAAGGGUGCCCAGAUGGAGGGCAGUGCCCACCUCAGAUGCAGCGUGAAGGAGGAGCCUGAUGGCUAUGUGCAGGAGACAGGGACAGCCCCUGACCCCUGCCUGCCUGGCUUCCUAGCAUCCUCCAGCCCCCUACCUCCAGCCCAGUCCCACAAGGAGCAUGUCAAACAACAGGAACCGACCUCCGCACCCUUCCAGCCACCCCGGCUUCAGGAGUGGGGGCUCCUGGAGCCGUCCCAGAAGGAGCUGAACUGGGAUGCGAUGCUGGAGAAGUACGGCACGGUGGUGUCCCUGGGGUUGACGCACCCCCUGCCUGAGUCGCGCACCGAGUUGCAGCCGGAGGCACUGAGCUCCGGAUCCGGAUCUGAGGGUCGGAGAAGCCUCCGCCCAGGAGAUGAGAGCGAGGGUCGGCCCGGCGGCCCUGAGGCCCCGCCGCCACCGCCACCGCCGAGGAGCAAGCCCUACACGUGCACUCAGUGUGGCGGGGCCUUCGACUGGAAGUCGGUGUUCGUCAUCCACCGCCGUGCGCAUGCCGGCGGCCCGUGCACAGAGAAGCCGCCGGCCGGCCCGCCCCCGCGCGCGCUCCCGGGCCCACGCGGCUACGCCUGUGAGGAGUGCGGCCACAGCUUCAGCUGGAAGUCGCAGCUGGUUAUCCAUCGCAAGGGCCACUCCAGCCAGCGGCGCCACCUCUGCGCCGACUGCGGCCACAGCUUCGACUGGAAGUCCCAGCUGGUUAUCCACCGCAAGAGCCACCGGCCCGAGGCCCCUUGAAUGCAGGAAGGGCGGCCUCCCCAUCCCUGCGCCGAUGCGGCCUGGAGACCUGGAGGCCGCCCAGGACCCUGGAGCAGGUCAGAGUCCCAGGGGAUCCCCCGGCCCCCCUCAGUCUCCCCCCGGAGCCAAUGCUCCCCGUCUCCUGCCUCCCCCACCCCAGCUUUCUGAGAGGCCUGGGCUCCAGGCCUCCGCCAGCCCAGUGCCGCCAGGGGACUUGCAAGCUCCCACCGGUGACCUAGUGCAGGCUCCCCCGACCUCUGGGACCACUUGGCUUGGUGACCAGGCCUCUCCCACUCCUCCUGCAGAAGCUGGGCCCGAGGUCUGAGUGUGGACGGGCCAGGAAGCCCAGGAGAGCAUGGCCCGCUUCUGUCUGCAGCCAGCUGCAAAGCUGAAGUUUAGCCACUGUGCGUUUUAACAGAUUCCAGUUUUAAACUGGAGACAUUUCUGCAGAAGAAUCCUGGUGUCUAGUCUCUGCUGGUUGGAUCAGAGCACCUGCCCUCCCGCCCAGCCCCUAGAGCUGCCGAGCUCCUGACCCCCGAGCCGGGCCAGCGUCCAGCCCACCUACUCCUUGGCCGCACACCCCGCUGCUGGCUUUGUUGUCCCUGCCUGAGUGGACGUGAAGGGAACGUCUCUCCAAGGAUUUCUGGACAAGGAUGGGCUCUGAGAACAGAUGUCACUUAGGCCUGUAGGCCGGCGGCUCAGGGCUGUGUCCCCACGGCCUGCGCAGUGGGUCACCCCGGCGGCCUGUUUGGGUCGUGGGCAGUCGUUCAGGUCUUGGCCAGCACCCUGUGGCACUUUGCUACUGCUGCGAUGGCUUGAGACAACACGUGUGUCCUCUUGGGACUCUGGAUUGCGUCUCCCUGGGCCCAGUCACGGUGUCAGCAGGACUGGUUCCUCCUGAAGUCUCUAAGGGGGAAUCCACUGCAAGAGUUUUUCUAGCUUGUAGAGGCCACUGCGCCCCUGGGUUUGUGACCCUUCACUCCAUCGGCAGCGCUCGCCGUGGAUGGUGCGGUCCCACACUGCCUCCUUGUCAGGCCCUCGGGGCUGCGUCCAGAGUCCCCAGUAACCGUGGUGAGCCUCGUCUCAGGACCACACAGCUUCCCCGUCCACCCACCCUCCUGCUCUCAUCUGCACAAGCCCUUUGCGUGUGAGGUGACAUUCACGGCUCCAGGUGUUAGGACGUGGACGUCUUGGGGGCUGUUAACUCGGUGCACUUCGGGGCUCCAUUCUGCUCUAAAACAAGCAUUUUGUGGGAGGUGAAUUCAGGGAAACAGAUGCGCCCAAGGAUUGAGCCCCCUGCAGACUCAGGCACAUGCAGGGGUUGCAGGAGGGUGUUGAGUGCUGCAGUAACCAUUGUUACUGGGCAAGGUGGAGGACACCUGGAUGGGGAUGGGGGGCUUACUGCAGCCUGAAACUGGGAGGGAGAAGCCUUCACCCCAGGGACCCACCUCCUCCAUGCCCAGCCUUCUGGGACCUUUGAGCUGUUGACCAUACUCAGGCCUGGGGAAGCACGGCCAGGCUGAAGGUGGAACUGAGCACCGGUGAUCUCGUUAACCGCAUCCAGGCUUAUAUCGUUCACUGCAUGACAGGCCGAUGAACUGAGAGCCUAAGUGGUUAGGGCAAGGAGUCGCGCCUGUAUUCAAAAAGCCAGCAAACUGAGAUGAUAGGAGGCUUGUGCCCCAAAGAAACGUCUCGUCUGUGUUAAAAUCCAGGCUGCUCUUACACUGAAAGGGGAUAGAGUCAGGCGAAACAUUUCCUGGUUCAGAGGGGAUGUGUUCAUUUCCUCCUCCCUGUAGACAUUCACAGGUAGGUGUGCUCAGGAGGUCUCCUGUGAGCUAAAUGAAGGAAUUCUAGCUUAAAUGCUCACUACCUGUGAGUCAGGGCUCCCAGAGUUGGGCUAUUAUGUAUAGUUUAAGCUUAGAAACAGCAUUCCUCUAGUGACUGACUCAGGUGACAGAAUUCAAAGGUUCUUCCUCAUUAUAACAGUCUGGCUGGCAGCCAGAGGUGAGGUCUGUGCUGGGGUCACAGAGGAAGGUGCCAGGGCAGGGCCCAGUCACACACAGAUGGUGAGGGGCGGGUGGGGGUGGAUGGGCAGCAUUCUUGGGAGAUUUUCCUUAUUUGAAAGUAGUUUCUGUUCACUUAGAAAAGUCUGAAAUAUACCAGAGGACAAAGAAGGUCACGAAAACGGUCACUGAUGCCGCUGUUUUUCUCGUGUUCACACGGGGUGGGGUUUUACAGUGGGAGAGGCCCCUGCGCGGUGUUCUGAGCCGCGCCCUUCCUGCCCACCUCCCUGCGCUGCUAAAAAUGGGACGUGUCAUGAUGCCUAGGUGGAGAUUCCACUUCCUGGGGUUCCACCAGGCCCUGACGGUUCCUUGUCCGCCUCCCUCGCGGCUCCCGGUGCCAUGAGGACACACCUGAGCAGACCCUCUGGGAGCAACCUGCGUGUUUCCUCAAAACAGACUCCCGCAGAGUGGGAGUGGCGAGUUUUCUCGAGCCUCGGAUUUCUGUUCUUGUUAUUUUCUUUUUCUUCUUGUUUUAAGAAACAAAACAGAUUACAGUUCUGAGGCCAGGAGGCAGGCAUAGGUCCCGCAGGCCUGCUUUCCUUCUCUGGUCUCUGGGAGAACCAUCGCUACACUUUUCCACCCUAGAGGCGGCCUGUGUGUCGCGCUCACCGCCCUUCCCCAAACCUAGGCUGGCAGUGGCCACUCAGUGCUCGAGGGGGCUCGCCCGACGCUCUCUGCUCUCCUUUUCCACCUCUAAGGAACCUCGCUAUCCUUAGAGGGUGGGCCCACCUGCAUCAUCUCGAACAGUCCCCCUAUCUCAGGGUCAGUUGGUGGGGUAAGGGGUUUUUUAAUUCUCCACGGACUCAUCAGCGUCUUCCGGACACAUGGGCCCCACCCGCCUUCCCUCCGAAAGGAAAGGCUCCCAGCGGCAGAGGCCCCAGAAUGUCGUGGACUCGCUUUUCCAACCCUCCUUUUCCAUCUGCGGGCAGAGCCCACGAACUCUGUGUCUCUGCGGACCGCAGGCAGGCUCCGCCCCACCCACGUGCUUGGGUGUGCGCGUCGCCCUGUUGGCGCGGCCUCGCGCACCACGGGGUCACAUCCGUCACUGUCUUCCAUCGGCUUUAGACCGCUUGCCCCAGCCAGCUCCGCAGCACGGUCACCCUGCCUCUUGCCGUUGUAACUGAGCCGAUCCUCCUCGGCCAGCCUCCCGGGCACCCCGCACCCCAGCAUCUCCUGGGCUGCCGCUGGGCCGAGACCGUGGGCGGCGGCGGCGUUUUCCCGCCCGCUCCCAGCUGCUCGCUUCCCACCCCGUCUCAUCUGGUCCUCGAGGCCGCCGAGAGCCUCCAUCCUCAGCUGGGCCUCCCUCCAGCCCCGUCUCCUUCCUCUGACUUUGCUCCCGAGUUAAGCCUGCUGGAGGCGACCCAGUGGUUGGCCGAGCCGCAAUCGGACGCGGGUCAUCUGACAUCUGCACCAGCGGGUGUAGGAGGGAGGCUAAAAGUAAGGCCUGAUUCUGGUGCCUCCGUAACACCAGAAACCAGGAGAGUCUCAAAGGGCAGUUAGCAAAUCCUCUUCCCCUGCUCCCCAUGCUGUUCUGGUAAGAGCUCCGAGUCAAACAGCUCCCCUCGAGUGACAUUCCCCCCCAAAGCUGGCAGUCACCCCAAUAAGCCAGUCACACCCUCAGCAGGAGUCAGAGGCCCCCCCAGCCUCUCCUGACUACAAAGCCUGCCUCCCCCUGGUCCCGGGGGCACGUGACCCUGCGUGGUGGGAGGUGCUCACCUCCACAUGUUGUGUGUUCAGCCAUCUUGAUAGCUCUAGGGCUGGUUGAGCAGGAGAUGGUUACAACGCUGGGCCCAGGAGCAGGCUGCCCGCCACGGGCACCAUGGCACUUGAUGAAGAUGCACCAGAGGCAGGUAGGGUACUGCACCCCAAAGCUACUGAGCAAGGCUGGGGAGAGCCGGGCAGGAGAGCGGGAUGCUGGCCUGGGUCACGACUUUGAGGAGACACUACAAACAGCCAGCAAGGUAGGUAAAGGCUUAAUAUUCUAAAAAAAACCAAUGCACACGUUGUAAAACGUUGAAUUGCAGUGUCGAGACGUCUCAGCUUUAUGGAGACAGCCCUAUGCCGUGCGGCUCACUCCUUGCAGGUAUGCAGUGCAGUGGUUUUUAGUGUAUUCACAGGGCUGUGCCUCAGUCAUCACAGGUUUAGAACUUUUCCUCAUUACCCAAAGCAUGCACCGCUGUUGGCAGUCCCCCAUGUCCUCCUCCCCCUGCCCCUG